AAUUUAUCUAUUAAUCCGAAUAACUGUAACAAAGCUGCAACAUUCGCGCGCUGCAGAUGACCCGCGAGCUGCGCUGCUACCGCAAUCUAACCGGCAACUUCUGCACGACCCUGCAAACAUAGGCAUUUUCCACCGAAUUCCCAAGCAUACCCCCCUCAUCCAAGAGUAUUCCAACAUUAACUCAUAUUUUGCUUGCAAGCACAGAUAGAUAGCUCGCUACGCAAUUGCGUGUGCAUAUCUAAGCAAACGAUAGCACCUUGUCGUGGCCGGAUCGACGUGUAGCUUUAAAGUAUUUGUGUUAAACCCGUGUCACUCGGUGGUUUGUUUUGAAUGUCAAAGGCUCAAGCUAGCUGUACGACUGAAUAUUGUUGAUAGCUGCCUGGCUUAGCAGGCUAGUUAGCAAGGCUAAAGAAAUUCAACCCAGAUGCAUGGAAAUUCUUGAAAAUGAGUUGUCAUGGAUGAUGAAGACGGCAGGUGCCUUCUAGAUGUAAUUUGUGACCCAGAAGCUCUCAAUGACUUUCUUCAUGGAUCUGAAACUCAUUUGGACACAGACGACCUUUUGGAUGGUUCGAGUGACCCUUCCAGCUCGUUCUUCUCUACCACUGGGGGCCAUGUUUCAGAGGUCCAGCCUGCAGUCCAGCUUUCGGCCAGUGAGCCGACCGGCCUGCCCAGGGUCAGUGUUGACCUGGACUUCUUGGAGGAUGAUGACAUCUUGGGAGGAUCUCCAGGUGGUGACGGUGGGAGCAAUGGCAUUGGGACAAAUCAUGAGCCCUGUGACAUCCUGCAGCAGAGCUUGGCAGAAGCCAAUAUCACAGAACAAAGCCUACAGGAGGCAGAGGCUGAGCUGGACCUGGGCUCCUUUGGAAUUCCAGGCCUUACGCAGGUGGUUCAGACACUGCCUGAUGCCAGCCUGUCUGGGGCUGGAGGCACUGCUGUUGGUGUAGGCAUAGGUGUUGGUGUGGGGGGAGCAGCAGCAAUUUUCCCAGGAUCAGCUCCAAGCAACACUGCUACUCCUCCCAAUGCCACAGCCGACAUGCUGGGAUCCGUGCUUGCUCAGCAGGGCCUACAGCUCCAACCCCAGGUCAUGAACAAGGCUAUCAGUGUCCAACCAUUUAUGCAGCCUGUGACGCUUCAACCCAUUUCGAGUCUCCAAGCUCUUCCUAACGGGAGUCAGUCUGGACAUCUGGGCAUCGGACAGAUUCAGGUUGUGGGUCAGCCUGCAGUCAUGACCAUCAACCAGUCUGGGCAGCAAAUCUUGGCUAAAGCAGUGGGUGGUUACCAGCUGCAUCAGUCUGGGCAAGAACUAUCAGGUGCAGGUUCUCAGACAGGGCUUGGAGGCUCAGGAGGUGGACUUCUGAUUCAAGGUAACAAAGCCACUUUGGGAUCUCCAGCUUUAAAUGGACCGGCUGUUUGUGUUAGCAGCACAAAUAGUAGCAGUGGCGGUACAAUGACUGCGCCUGCUGGGCUUGUGGGCUUUGGCAGCACCACACUAAGUUCAGGAAUAGGACCCCAGAUGCAAACCCAAGGCCAAAUCACACAGAACGUGAUCAUCCAGCGCACACCAACACCCAUUCAGCCUAAACCCCCCCAGGGGGGAGCGAUUCAACCGAAACUCUUCAAACAGCAACAACAGCAGCCACAGCCAGGACCUCAAGCCCUGCAGAAUGAUGCCCACAAGGCUCUAGGGCUGCAGCAACUUCCUGUUUCUGCUCCUCAGAAUGUAGCCUUUCUCACAGGAAAGCCAGGCUCCAACGUUGUCCUGAGUACCCAAGCCACAACACAAGGUCCUCAGUUUCAACCAACCUUAUUCAAGCCACAAGCACCACAACCACCUGGCAAGCCCGUCAGCCUACAUUUGUUAAACCAGUCGGGCAGCAUCGUUAUUCCCUCUCAGACAGUUCUACAAGGUCAAAACCACCAGUUUCUCCUGCCACAACUCCAGGCAGGUGGACAGAUUCUAACCCAACAUCCUGGGGGCCACAUCAUAACUAGCCAGGGUCCUGGUGGACAGAUCAUAGCAAACCAGAUUUUAACUGCAAAUCAAAACAUCAACUUGGGCCAGGUGUUGACUUCACAGGGCCACCCUGGGACCGCCCACAUCCUCUCUGGGCCCAUUCAGCUCCAGCCUGGCCAGAUGGGCACACCUACCCUCUUUCAGAUGCCUGUCUCGUUGGCUCAGACUCAAAGCCAGACACAGACUCACACGGUCUCGGGUCAUGCCCAGACAGUCAUACAGGGCAUGCCAAUCCAGAACUCCUUGACCAUGCUGAGUCAGGUGGAGGGCCUGAGCCCUGCAGUCAGCCUUCAGCCAUCUCUGCAACCUCAGCCAGGUGCUGUACCCAGCAGCAGCAGCACAGGAGCAGCAACGAUGGCUCAAGGCCAGCCUGAGUGUGUUACAGUGCUGGGUAGUUCCACGGAGCAAGCUGCUCAUCCCACUCAGCAGCAUGUGCCACAGUCCUCUAUCCUUGCCAUGCAGCCAGCUCCUACUGUCUCUGUAGCUACCACAGUAUCCUCCUCGUCUCCGUCCAUGUCUGUGUCCACCUCGUCCUCUGUAACAACGGUGGGGCUGGCUCCCCCUCAGGCUCAGCACAGUCCGGGGAGGUUACUGCUCACCAACCAGGGCCCUAGCAUGAUCCUCAGCCAGGAGUCACUGCAGAUGUUCCUGCAACAGGAACAGCAGCACCAAACAGAGAAUGAUCCGACCCCCUCUGUGGGUGUACCAGCGUCUGUAAUCGUCAGCAGCAACAGCGUCACUGGUUCGGUCCCUGCUGUCCUUGACAGCCAGUUAACUGACUCUUGGGUGGGUCAGAGCCAGAGCCCUCCCCCUGGCCCCUCCCACAUGGCAGCAGUGGUAACGCAGGUGCCCUCUGGACACCAGCAGCCGCUGAAGAUCCAGGGCCUGUCCCCCUCACCAGCCUUGACCGCCUUGGCCACAGCACCCCCAGUGGCAGACAGUCCCCAGCCUUCCCAGUCUCCUCUCACUCUCAGCCAGCAGAUUCAGUCGCCGCACAGUCAGCAGCAGUCGCGUCCUCCCUCGCAGCCUCAGCCGCAGUCUCAAACUCCCUCGCGUUCCUGCACACCCUCCUCUCACCAGUCACUUUUUAUUGUCCAUAACCCCAUAGCAGAAACCCCCCAGCCAGCCACACAAGUCCAACCGCAGCAGACGCAGCUUCAGCAGGCGCACAUCCAAGUUCAGCUUCAGCCGCAGACGGUCUCUCAGCCCGCCGCCUUCCAGCAAGACAUGCCCCCGUUGUCACAGUCACCCAAGCCUCCUCCUGCGCCUCCUGCACAGCACCAGUUCACUGCGCCUGCUGUCAACGCUUCUGCUGCCGCUGUAGUGAAAACUCAGGUUCCCAUCCAGAGCCUGACUGCGGAUCAACACCUGCAUUUAGUAGUAGCACAAAUUCAGACCCUGUCGAGCAUCAGCCAGCCCUCACCCCAACAGAAACAGCUGCUGGAGAAGCUGCACCAGGUCCAGCAGAAGAUCCUGCUGCAGACGAAGCAGCCUGGUCAGGCUCAAGCCGCCAGCCAGUUCAGCUCCCAGGACAUGGCAGUUGAUAAAGUGGUGAUUGCACCGUCAGCCACCACUGGUACACCUGCUCAGCUUCCCUCCGUGCUGCCGCCGACGUCUGUGCUAGUGAAAACUACCGCUACAGCAUCAAGUGACUUACAGGUUUUCUCAGGAGCCCAAGGGCCAGCUGGAGCUAUUGUAAAUCAGACUGUCACUCCUGUCAGCCUUACCCAGCCUGCACAGGUUCAGCCAAAGCCAGGAGUGAUCAGCCCAGUUGGAGGGAUGCCUAUGGGGAAGGCUGGCAUGCAGAUACAGGUGUUAGGACCUAGUCUGACUCAAAUGCCUGCUCCACAACCCCCAGCUCCAGUACAAACUCAGACAGCAACAAUGAAGAUGCCUUUCGGUGCUGAGCCCAGUAAAGAAGCCAGGUUGCUAGAACAGCUGAGGAAGCAGCAGGGUUCAGUGCUUCACCCCAACUACAGCGCUCCUUUCUACUCUUUUGAGGACACACUGCACAGACUGCUGCCUUACCAUCUCUACCAGGGAACUGCCAACUCUUCUCAAGACUAUCAAAGAGUGGAUGAUGAAUUUGAGACGGUCUCCUGUCAGCUGCUCAAAAGGACCCAGGCCAUGCUGGAUAAAUACCGAUACCUUCUAUUCGCAGAGUCCAAACAGAGACUUGGCCCCUCGGCAGAGAUGGUGAUGAUCGAUCGGAUGUUCAUUCAGGAAGAGAAGAUCGCGCUGAGUCAGGACAGAGUUUUUGCCAAGGAGAGACCAGAGGAGUUUGUGGCAAAUGUGCGCAUGUUGGAGAGUGUAGUCUCAUCCCAAGAGAAAUCCUCUCCUGCUGAGCCCACUGCAGCGAGUGGAGGCGCAGCUGCUGCUGCUGCUGCUGCUGCUGCUGCUGCUGCUGCUGCUGCUCCACCUCCGGCACCUGCUGCUCCAGCCCCAGCCCCUCUGCCACACGUCACUCCCACCCCUCCUCCUGCUCCAGCUCCAGCUCCAGCUCCUGCUCCAUUAGCGGCUCCAGCUCCUGUACAAGCUCCGGCUCCAGUCCCGGCUCCUCCUCCAGCCACUGCUCCCGUCAACGCUUUCCCCUCUACCAAACUGGUCAUAAAACAGGGUGGAGGGGGUGCGUCUGUGUCCUGGUCCACCAGCUGUCCUCCACCUCCACCGACUGUAGGGAAGCAUGUGGCUGAACCCACUACCCAGAGCUCGUCGUACAGUCGCACUCCAGUGGCUUCUUCCUCUUUCUCUUCCUCCUCCUUUAACUCUCAAGCGGCCGAUGACGACGACGCUCUCCUGCAGAGAACCAGCAAACCACCCAUCAAGACCUACGAGGCUCGAAGGAGAAUUGGUUUAAAGCUGAAGAUCAAACAGGAUCAAACCGGGUUCAGCAAGGUGGUCCACAACACUGCCUUAGACCCAGUGCACACGCCUCAACCUCAGCAGAGCAGCCAGUCUGCGUCCCGGCCUCCUAUUCUGCCUCAGUCGGACGCUGCUGUACCACAUCCAAAGUCCCAGCCUUUGUCCGCUCCCUCUGCUACCGUCAUCAGAACUCAGUCCCCGGUGUGCACUGCUUCUUCUGCCACAUCAGUCACUACAGCCCCAUUGUCCUCUACCUCUUCCUCUCAUACUUGGUCCUCAUCCACCUCCUCAACGCAAAUGAAUGGAACGUGGGAUCACCAUGACGUAAGUGGGGUCAAACACAACCCCGCUUCCACUGCCACCCCGUCACAGACAACCUGCCGCCUCCCGCUCCGAAAAACCUAUCGCGAAAACGUCAGUCCCCGGGUCCGACCCGGUGUCCCGGGCGGGGGAGACGAGAGUUUGUCCUACUCCCGCCCCACGCCUUCCCCCCCGAGGCACGAGGCCUCAUCUCCCCCCUCUGAGCGGACAGUGAUAGCCAGUGUGAAGGUGGAGAAAAGAGGCAGGGAGGACCCGCACACUCACUCAAGCCACGAAACGGCCCGUUUAGGGAGUGCAAUGCAGGGGCUGGAUGACGUAGAUGAGGUGUUUAACCGUGGAAUCAAGACCACGCAACACCAUCAUCUCCCACAGCUCCUAGACAGGGAGGGGGCAAAGGAGAGAGGGGAGGAACGCCACGAUCAAGAGACAGAUGUAAGUAAAUACAAAAGGGCAGGUGGACAAAACCGACAUAGGGUAGGAGGGACAUUCAGAAUGGACCAACAUGCCCCUGGGCCUCCUUCUCCAGAGUCCUCCUUCACGCGAGACUCUUUGCUUCCUGCCAAACGCUGCAAGUCAGAUUCCCCUGACAUGGACAAUGCCAGUUUCUCCAGUGGCAGCCCACCCGACGACUCCCUGAACGAGCACCUGCAGUGCGCCAUAGACAGCAUCCUCAACCUGCAGCAGGAGCCCUCUGCCCGCGGGCACCACAUUAAAGGGAGCAACAGCCGGACUCACCAACACCAAAGCCAGCGCCCGGGGGGCUCCGCAGGCUCGUCCCACAGACCCUCAGUCCCUCCCCCCUCCUCCGCGUCCUCGUCCUCGUCCUUGGCCCAGCACCCUCAGGUCGGCGGCCGGGGCCACAACGGCAGCCUGGUGCCCCAGACUCAGAACAGAUAACAGCCCCUCAGCCCCGGGCUGAACUGAGAGACAGACUUGGAGUUUGGGGAGAGGGGCACUGUGAAAACACAUCACUGUACUACUCUGCCAAGCUGUGUUGGCUUUGUUUGUCCAUUUGAAUUGUCCAGACAUUUCUCAUUUACAGCCUGAGGUAGAUCCGCGGUGAAACAGUGAGACUGGUCGAAGGUAAAAGCCGUCUCUGUGAAUCAGCGACUUGACGAUGCCUGGCAUUUUGUACUUGUUUUGUCAGCCAAGCUUCAGUAAGAGAUGAAAAGGUCAGCGGUUGCUUUUUCAAAGUCUUUCUCUCUUUUUUUUUUUGGCUUGUCGUUCAGUAUUCAAACAUUCCUUCAAUGUGACCUGAGCAUCAGCAGUUCAUCUCCUGGUUCAAACCGUGUGCCUCAUUUGAACCACGGCCCACUUGGCAGCGAGAAUCCAUCCUGGUUCAAAACAUGGAAGGUGUCUUCUUUUUAAAAAACACAUUUUAUCCUAAUCACACCGAUAAAAACAGUUCACUGCGGUUCACCUGUUUGAGGAAGCAUUUCUCUAGUCGGGAGAUUAACUCUGGCCGCCUGUCUUCAAUUGGCAAAAUCUAACAGUACAAAAAAUAUUUUAACGUUAAACAAAUAAUGAAAAGCAACUUUUUGACGCUCUCUUGGACACUGUCAUGUUAAAAUGUUUGAAGGAAGUAACUUUUUCUCCUAACGGCACAUGGAUUUGCAGGUUGAUGUAUUGAGGCCACACCUGUUCACAUCUGCCCCGCUGCUGCUCAUGACGCCUGGUUCAGACUUUACGGGUCUCAGCCAGCAGGGGGCAGGCCGGUUUUUACUGUUUACCUGAUUUCUGUGUUCUCAGCCUGUUUUGUCGUUCAGACUCCGUAUUUUUGCUUCCCGUGUGUGUUUCUCUGUCAUUUUUAAGCUUGGUGGACAAUUCAAACACAAACACAGCACAAGCAUUGAAAUGGAAAAAAGGAACAAUAAUAAUGUACAAAAAGACCGUAAGAGAAUUUGAAGUAUAGUAUUACAGAUUAAUUUUGUAUUGUAUUUAUUGUGUAUAAUGACACUUUUUAAAAAGAAAUGUACAUUUAGUAAAACUGUAAAUUAAACCUGGCUUCUUUUAUGAAACAUU